AUGUUUUGUGGCUCGGACACCUCCUUAGCUUCAGAAUUUGCUAAUCUCAUGAAGACAAGGUUUGAAAUGUCACUCUUGGGGACUCUCAGAUACUUUCCUGGCCUUCAAAUUGUACAACCAUCCUCUAGAAUCUUCAUCUCUCAGCGAAAGUAUGCCUUGGAGCUACUUAAAAAGUUCAAAAUGGAUGAUUGUAAGGCUGUCUCAACACCACUUUGUCCUACUACCAACCUCUCAUUGGAGUGCACCACUGAAGCUGUUCCUUCAACACUUUACAGGUUAAUCAUUGGUAGUUUACUAUAUCUUACUACUUCAAGGCUUGAUAUAAUGUAUUUAGUGGGUUUAGUGGCCAGAUUUCAAAGUAAUCCAAAGUCUUCUCAUCUUCAAGCUGCCAAAAGAAUCCUUAGAUAUGUCAAGGGCACCAUCUCUUAUGGUCUAUUCUACAUUUACUCACCCUCAAUGUCCAUUGCAGCCUCUCAGAUGCUGAUUGGGGUGGAUCUUUAUCUGAUAAAAAAAGUACCUCUGGUUGUUGCUACACUCUUGGUUCAAAUGUGGUUUCUUGGCUAA